AUGCAAAGCCAAAAGGUUAUGAGCACAAGUAGGGACGCCGAGUACGCGAGCGCCGUCCAACGCGCAGCGGCGGCAUCGAUGGCGAGGCGUCGCAACACGCAAGAGAUCGCGCAGACACCUCCGGCUGGAUUGAGCGACAACAGCGGAGAAGACAUGCGACCCGACCUCGCGCUUGUCAUGGAACAACGAGUUGCGAUGGUUGCACGACUCGAGGAACUCGAGAGAGAACGACUGACGCUGCCGGCACCGACAGGAACAACGUUUGGGCCAGGCACGACCGAGACAAGAGCUCUGGUGCCAACGACGAGAGCAGCAAAAGUGUUCAGAUCCCCGUCCAUGCGAAUGACGCAUGUGAGACCCAUGGAGGUUGACGACCUCCACGACGUCUUUGGGACUGAGUCCAGAGUACGCAACGCGAGCGUCAGGACGGAAAGAAGAGUGCUGCGAAAAGAGCAGCAGCAGCACUUCCAACAACUUGCGUCCGCGCGCGAAGGCCUGCGAGUCGCCGCAGAAGCCCAAGGCAUGCAGUUGCGAGCAGUGGAAGAAGCACAAGAGACACAUAAAGCGGAUCACGAGCUGCUAUCCAAGCUGCGCACGGACAACUACAGCAGGUUGAACGGCACCUGCUGA